UGUGGGUGUAUCGAUCCUCAGCAGAGGUGGACGAUAUUCAACUUUCCACCAUGAUUUGACCAGAUGUUUGCGAAUCAUCGUGAAGAGAUGGGGUCUAGGUUACUCUCUGUGGCCUCUGGCUCAUCACCCUUGGAGAAUGAUGUUCAGCUCAUUUCUGCUGCUGUCAUUAUCUUCGAACAUUCUUUCUACGUUUUCGACAAGCGGCGCUAUCUUCAGGACAAGCAGAAGUCUGAUCCUUCUUUUGAUGUCGCUUGCGAGCAGUACAUUGCGUCUCCACGUGCAGCUGCUGUCAAGAAAGAUGUGAGGGCUGCCGCCCGCGCAUAUAAUGAAGCUGUGAGGAGCGCUGUCUACACGAAUCAAGGAAACCUGCUUGCUUGGAUGGCAAAGUUACCGUUUGAACCCUUCAAGAGGAAGGCGAAAAAAGCAAUUGAACGACCUCAGGAGGAGCAAGAAAUCUUGUGCUCUCAGGCGGAGGGGGAGUUAAUCAAGACUAUUCUUGAAAUCACUUUCAAUAAUCGCUUGCCAAGACCUUAAUGCAACACAACGUAGAUUGUGUUCCAGUGAGCAAGACCUUAAUGUUGGGCGAUACAAUACAAUGUGAAUGAUGUUCCGCUUCGGAGUGGAGCUGAGGUGUCUUGGCAGUAAAUGCGGUUUUCUUGAAUGGUCUGUCGCAGGACGUGGAACUGUAUGAAAUUAUUGUAUGAUCACGCAAAUAUUAAUAUGGCAUGUGUGUUUGAA